CAAAAAUAUUCAGCAAUGGAUGCAAAACGAAGUGGCCUUGAAUUUGACAAGACUGCUGAAAAACAGGUGGUUAUGGAACCAUAUAGUUACAUAUGUAGUACAAAUGGGAAAGGAAUUCGCAGUGCAUUGGUGGCAGCCUUUAAUUAUUGGCUAAAAGUUCCUGAAAGUGUUUUGAGUGUCAUAUCAAGUGUAAUCCAAAUGCUGCACAACGCCAGUUUGAUUAUUGAUGACAUCGAAGACGGUUCUCACUUACGGCGUGGUAAACCAGCUGCUCAUUGUAUUUUUGGAGUCGCACCGUCUAUCAAUUCCGCAAACUAUGCUUAUUUUCUUGCCCUAGAAAAAUUAUCUCUACUAGAGCGUCCUGAAUCGGUAAAAAUAUUUACAGAGCAAAUGCUUGUAUUGCAUCGUGGACAAGGUAUGGAUAUAUUUUGGCGCUCCUCUUUUAAGUGUCCAUCAGAAUCAGAAUACGAGGCUAUGGUAUUAUGUAAAACUGGUGGUCUGUUCAGUCUAGGUGUUCGUCUCAUGCAAUUGUUCUCUGAAAAUCAAACAGAUUAUAAACCUCUUUUGGAUGCGAUUGGUCUGUUUUACCAAAUUCGUGACGAUUAUGCAAACUUAGUUGAUUUAAGUUAUCAUAGAAAAAAAACAUUCGCAGAAGAUUUAACUGAAGGAAAAUUCAGUUAUCCUAUUGUUCGUGCCAUUAACGAUUAUCCUGAUGACAACCAAGUGAUGAAUAUUCUCUCACAACAUACCUCAAAUUCAUCAUUAAAACUUUAUUGUGUUAAACAUUUGUUAGAGUUGGGUGCAUUAGAACAAACUGUAUUGAAGUUAGCUAAGUUGGAAGAAAGAUGCAGUCAGUUAAUUGUGAAGUAUGGCAAUAAUCCCUUGCUUUCUGAGGUAAUCCAAAAACUAACUGACCUACAUCGUACACCUGAUGGUCAUUUACGGUUUAUUACACCAAGGGAUCUUAACUAUGACUCAUUCGAUCACAAUGAGAUAUCUAUUGCUAGCGGUCAUAUUAAUCCUAUUCCUAAAUGAGAGAUACAGUAAUAAUGAUAGUGGAUGUGAAGUAUAUAAAAAUUUAACAAAUUAACUACACUUUGUUUAUUUCCAAUUGAGUGCGGGAAUGACCGAUCUAUUUAACAAAAUUUAUUUGCAACACUUAUAAUUAAAUAUGCGCAUCAGUAAAAUAUAUUCCACGAUAUCUUUUGUUAUACUACACUGAUAGAUUUGUUUCGUUUCAGUCUUGUGUUUACAUAAUUCUUUUGAAACUGUGAUGAUCAUUUCCACCUCUG